AUGGAGCCCGGUGAUGGUGCAACUGGGCAACUGACUUCGACUACCAAUGUGCAUCGAACGGGAUUAGGAGAAACGGUGGACAUCGAAAUAUCCGUCAUACUUGCAAUGAAGUAUGAAAAUCAUCACAAGAUACUUGCACGCAAUCCGUCCUUCUUUGUCGAGCUUUCUAUUGGGGAAGAGAAGCAAUGUACAAACGCAGUACAGAUUAAGGGAGGUCGUGUCGUGUGGGACAAGGGGAUGAUGUUGACAAUAAAUGCUUCAUCAAACCUCAUAAUUCGGAUGUAUUGCAAGCAUCGCCACGUCCGGGAUGACCAUGUUGUUGCAGAGGCAUCUUAUGAAGUGCUCGAGUUGGAACGAAACACAGACAUCGCACUUGACCUUUAUGAUCCUAAAAGUUCGGCUCAAAAUCGUACUGUUGUAGCAUCUGUCACCCUGCGAUUGAAAGUGGCGUUGUCUGUCACUUUCAAAAUUGGGGAAAACACCGAGAUGGACUUCAGGUCGUUGACCUGCUUGAAACAUAUGGAAGCAAUUGUCGGAACUAUAUCUCCCGAAAAAUUCAAGCAACUAAGGCCUGCAUGGGUACGACUAUUUAGCUCAUUGGAGACAUUUUCGUCUUUAGCACAAAAGGUAGCAGAGCUUGAUUCACGAGCCCAAGUUGCCGUUGGGGCCAUGGCUUCCGCGAUCAAGGUAUUGGUUGACCAAAUAAAACGCGACGAGAGAAUCGAGGCUCUAGGUCGUAUCAUGUGCGAGCUGUAUGAAUAUGUGGUGGAUGCAUGCACUGUCAGAAAAAUCGCUUCAUUCGAAAAGACUCUUCAACGGCUUCUGGCCCAAACGGCUGAAUGUGCAUACUUCAUCAGCGACUACCAAAGAAUCACAAUGUUUGCCCAGAGAGCAGUCGUCAAUAUGAUAUCGAAUGCGGAUGAAAUGAUCUCAAACUUCGAGGCUGCUUUCGGGGAGCUCAAAAUAGCUCUCAUCCUUGGGUCCAGCCUUCAGACAACUUUAGUUUCGUACCGAAUUUUACAAAUAGUUGAGCGGAUUGAAAAUCUAAUCAGAAUCGACCGAUUGCCCAUACUCGAAAAUGUGGGCUGGGAUUCCGCAAAAACCUGUCUACGAGGCACACGUGAAGCCACCAUUAGGAGUAUUGUUCAAUGGAGUUCGCAACGUGGUGACAACGCUUUCACAAACAAUAUCUGCUUGUUGUCGGGCCCUGCUUCGUGCGGCAAAUCAACCAUAGUCCAUUCAAUUGCAAAGUUAUUCCAUGAACAAAAUCGGCUUGGCGUUGCUGUGUUUCUCCAUGACGAAGUUCUGGAUGUCAGCUCUCGGAAAAUAUCUAGCUCCAUUGUACACCAACUUGCUGGCUACGAUUCUACCAUUCAGGCACGUAUUGCCGACAAAAUCAAAGCCGACCAAUCUCUUGUUUGGGCUGAUAUUGAACGUCAAUUUCGUGUGCUUGUCGUUGACACGGCAAGCUCAGCGGACAGCAAGUUGCUAUUGAUCGGGCCCAUCCUGAUUAUUAUAGAUAAUUUACAUCUGAUCAGUGAUGAGGAACGGUACAAGGUGUUAACAACGAUUUCUGACCAUUCGAAAACCCUUCCACCGAAUUUUCGAUUCCUUCUCACAUGUCGGGACGAUGAUGACGUUGCAUGGAGAAUUCUCCGGAACGUAAGUCGAACGCAGAGAGUAGGAUAUGACGACUCUGACAAUGGAAGCAAUGGAGAACUUAGCCAGUACAUCGCCGACUUUCUCACGGACUUGUUCUCCAAACGACCUCUGCUUUCUGAGCAUUACAACUCCCUGCAAUUGCAAGGUGUGUUUGAGGCUCGCGCACGAGGGAUGCACUUCUGGGUCUCACUUGUCUACCGAUCUGUUUUGGCAUGCAAUGAGGUCGACAUCAUCGAAUUUCUUUCCCUUCUGUUAUCUGCUCCGUCCCCGCUUUCUAAUAACGAGGCUAUGGACCAGCUUUACCAUGCCAUUUUUAAGGUCUUUUUUCGCCUCGAACUUGGCGCACAGCAUCUUUUUGACGUCAUGAUUCAAUCUCCAAAACCUCUGCCACUGUCUUAUCUGCGACGGAUGGCAUGCAUUCCUUGGGACCCUACCAAUAAGGUCAAUAUUGUCGACACUACAAAAGCACUCGGACUCAUAAUCGAGAUUGAUCGACCGGAGAAAGGGGAAUCUCUUUAUGGAAUUCACCCCAGUCUCGAAGAUUUCUUGACCAAUCCUCGUCGGUGCGAAACGACCGGUGUAUAUGUUGAUCGAAACGUACCCAUUGAUCAUUCCGCUGCCGAAGUCUGUAUCCGCAUCAUGAACCAGUCGCUGCGGUAUAAUAUCUGUAGACUUGAUGAUGAUAUGACCACCAAUGCGGAAAUUCGGGACAACAAUCAACUGAUCGAGCAGCAUCUUUCCAGAUCUUUGCGGUACGCGUGCUUUAAUUGGAUAUUGCAUCUUGAGAACGAGGACCAAGAACUUAAUGAUACACUUCGUCUCAAGCUUCGCACCUUCACAUCGUCCCAUAUCCUACACUGGAUUGAGGCCAUGAGCAUCUUGGGUCACGUUGAAGAUAUCGACUCAAAAUUAAACAAGUUUCUCCGUUGGUUACAAGCCAGGGAUAUCAAAACUGGGGACGAUCUCUAUGUAGUCACCGCAUAUGCCCUCUGUUUUGUGAGGAAGUUCUCUGCCAUCAUUUCGAAGGGCCCGCUUCAGAUAUACAUAUCAGCAUUACCUCUCAUGCCUCAGGUUUCUGGACUAUCGUUACUCCGACAAGAUGUUUCGUACCUGCUCCCGAGCAGGACAAUCUAUCACAAUGAACUCAUCGAGCCUUCUUGGACGGCUACAAGCACAACAGAGCUUGAAUUCUCCGACGAUUCAUGCUCUUUUAAUCACGGUACUUUCAUCGCUUUAGGAUCGCGUUCGGGUUUAGUUUGGGUAAUAAAUUGUCGCACAAACUACACCAUGGAAUGGCAGAUAAAUGUCAACAAGGGCGUUCAAGCGCUCACCAUUUCCCCCGACCGAAAACAGUUAGGUGCCGUUAUGGAAACAGGCCAAUUCUCUGUACAUAAUUUUGAGAAUGGCGAACGUAUCUUCUAUGCGGAGACCGGGGUGAAGAACCCGUUUAUUUUAUAUUCGAACGAUUGCAAGAGCAUCUUGAUCAUCGAUUAUUGCUCUGGUACCAGCCGCACCUCAGAUUACCACCUUUGGGAUGCUCUCACUGGAUCUUUGAUUGUGUCAGGCAAAAUUUUACUUCACGAUCCAUUGGGAUUCGCUUUAUCGCCAAAUGGACACCGGAUUGCGGUUCCUGACGAGGUUGGAGUAAAGGUAAUCGAUCUACUCACCAACAAAGAGGUUACAGACGUAUCGACAGGCCCUAGGAAGCGAAUGAGUGAGAAGAAUUGUAUACUUGCCUGGGCGCCGGAUAGGUCUACACUUGCUAUUGCCAGGGGUGCAGAAUCAAUCCUGUAUCUCUGGAACAUGCACGACGGCGGUACAGGCUGGGCUUGCACAAUCGACGCUAUGCGUGGUCCGAUAUCAUCACACUCGCUCCAUUUCACCGCAGACUCCUCCCUUCUUAUACUCUGUUUAUCGUGUCCGCGAACCCAGGAGCGUGAGGCAAUGAUCAUUCUGCACACAUGGGAUACGAGAACAGGGCUAUUGAUCCGCAAGCAAACCAUCCUGCAGGGUAAGAAGAUUGCUCUGAGCAGGAAUUUGUAUAUCUUUCCUGAUGGGCAGGAAAUCUCUUUGUUGUCAAAUUCGUACAGUCGUGAUAACCAUAAUGGGUGGGACAUUUCUAUGACCCUCUUUGCAGACAAUACGCCGGCCUACAUGACACAUCCUCCCAUUUUCAAUGAUCAAAAGAUGGUCCCUAAAAUAUUUCAUGUGCUCUCAGGACGUGAACCGAGUAGCACAUACGCGUCAAAAGUUGAUGAAGACGGAUGCAUUGUCAAUUCCACAGGAAAGCCCUUCGUGUUCGCUCCUUAUCCUAAUUAUGACAUUUCGACUUCCCAUCUUUCUUCGACCUAUACCCAGCUUGAAAUUAAACACCCGGAAGCCAAACUGGUAGUUUUUAAAUAUGUUCUGGAAUGGGGGAGCAAGGGAUAG